CGGGUUCUGCUAUACCUAAUCCUAUUUCCUUAUCCGGGAAUCGUCAGGAUCCACGCCAUUGGCUCUCGCUGUCACAUGGAUUCUUAACUUUGUUCACUUGACAGAAAGUAGGAGGGUUCUACGAAACAGGAAAACGAGUAAAGCGAUAGAUAUAAAUUUUAGUAUAUUUUGUGUGCAAUUCAAAGAAAUUAAUGGCCAUGAGUUCCUAUUUGAUCAACUCCAACUAUGUCGACCCCAAGUUUCCACCCUGCGAGGAAUAUUCCCAGAAUGACUACCUACCCAGUAACUCUCCGGACUACUACAGCGCCCAGAGGCGAGAGCCUGCGUUUCAGAAUGAUUCGAUCUACCACCCGCGGUCGGGCUGCGCCGACCCGCCGUACACGACGUGCCAGGGUCCGGGGCAGCCCGCGGUGGUGAUGUCUCCACGGGGUCACGUCCUCCCCCCAGCCGGACUCUCAACCCCUCUCCCGGAGCCUAGCCACCAUUGCGACUCCGUAACUCCAAGCCCUCCACCCGCGUGUGGCCAGAAUCCCCUCAACCAUAGCCCUUCCACGGACAGCUCUCGCAAGGAUCCUGUGGUUUACCCCUGGAUGAAAAAAGUCCACGUAAACAUCGUGAAUCCAAAUUACAACGGGGUGGGUGAGCCCAAGCGCUCGCGGACAGCCUACACGCGACAGCAAGUCCUGGAGCUGGAGAAGGAGUUCCACUUCAACCGCUAUCUGACCCGGAGACGCAGAGUGGAGAUCGCCCACACCCUGGUUCUGUCCGAGCGCCAGAUCAAAAUCUGGUUCCAGAACCGGCGGAUGAAAUGGAAGAAGGACCACAAGCUUCCCAACACCAAGAUCCGCUCCAACAGUAACUCCAACAACACAAACUCGCAAAGCAGCGGGCUCGCGCUGGGGAGCUCUCAGAACCGAACCAGCGGGCCUCCACCGAGCCUAUAGCCUCCCCCCUUCUACUACCCAUCCACCACCCACCCACCAUGCACUUUGAAACCUCCGUUUCUGGAGUGGGAUACAUGGAUUCCACCAUGUUUUUACCUCCCCUCUUCAAUUCAAUUACAGGGAUAUAACAUGUGGGGGGAAAGAGAAGGGGGAGUAAAAAACGAAGAGAAAAUGUGUAUCUUAAAAAAUGUAAAAGGAGAGAAGAUUCAAACACAAACACUUCCAAUGAUGUGUUCACAACCUGAUCCAGUUCCCUUUUUUUUAUCCCGUGCCCCUCUCCUUCUCUCUCUCCUUCUCUCUCGUCCCCCCCUCCAUUAGGACAGAAGGCGGCAGAUACUUUUCAGAUUUGGUGAAGAUGGAUCCGUGUUUCAUCUUUAAUCAUGCCAAACUCGGCCCCAUUUGUCAUGUUUACUCUGCAGUACAAAGGGUGAACCGUGGGGCCUUCCCAUUACCUCGACGUCCAACGUUCUGUUUAAUACAUAGCCCCCUUGUUUCGUCAAGAGCCGUUGUCUUACUCCCUUUUCUCUCCUCAAUACUAAAAAACACACCGAAUAUGUUCUCCGAACAUGAAGGUUUUUUGUAAGAGAAAAUAUAGCUGAUUCUCAGUUGUAUUCUAUGUUUAUCAAAUGCAAUUAAAUUAAGACUGACAACGAUUGUGAGGUCCGUUGCUAGUUCAUUUUUACAGGGACUAAUUUUCCCUUCUUUGUUUCUAGCAGAGACAGGGUGCGUUUGGAAAAAAAAGAUGGUACAUCACGGUAUUAACAUAGGAUAGUCGUCGCAGUGGAAUGAUAAAGCUGGACUUAGAGAAGCAUAUAUGAACCAAAAUCUGGUACAAACCUACCUAAGUAAAAUAGAAACAGCACUACAAUGUACUACCUUGCUAUUAUAAUUACCUCAGUUGUACUUAUGUUCAUUAUUUUCUUGCCUUGUGUUAUGAAGUGACAGGUUAAGCUCAUUUGAAUUUUGUGGCAAGUAUCUGCAAUACGAACGUACUCAUUUCUUGUAAGUGAAAUAUAAUUUAAGCAAUUUUGUUGGCCAGGGUUGUACAGAGAAAAAAAGGUGCGUAUAUUGCAUGACUGAAUACACAUUAAUUUGAUCUUUUAUCUUUCUCUAUCUGGUAUCCUUUCUUGGCACAUAAACAUGCGCACACACUCCCUCCCUCCUCCCUUUCGCUCUCUCUCCCUCUCUCGCACGCUUUCUUCUCACCAUGUGCCAUUUUCGGUAUUUUAUUUGUACGUGUUCCUUUUAUUUACAUUCCAAAGAUCAGUCCUGUCGCUGAUAAUGUCAAACUGUUAUUUUUUUCUUCCUCUAUAUUUGAAUGUUGCUCUUUUUCUGCUCUUUCUCCUCAGUGUCUACCUUUUUAUUUGUAAAUAGCUAUAGAAAUGUAAUAAAU